AUCGCAAAAAAGAAAAUUUUUAGGCGUUAAAGGUCCCACGAUUUAGGAGUUUUUCUUCCCCGCCAACAUCCGAUUCUUCAGAUUGGAAAUCGAACUUACAUCGUAACUGACAGGUGAAUCUUACUAAGGUCAGACUUGAAGAUGGUUUCUGAAUUGAUAAAUGCCAAUCCCAUUGUGUAUGAGAAGAAGGAGCGUCAAGCUAGGAUUGCUCCAAGUACGGCUGAACAUUCAGCUGAAACUAUCGACCAGCUAGAAAUUUUUGACUACCUUAGAGAUAUAAAAGAUCCAGAGCAUCCCUAUUCUCUGGAAGAGCUGAAAGUUAUAACAGAAGAUGCCAUUGAGGUAGAUGACAAGCGAAGCCAUGUAAGGGUCACAUUCACGCCUACUGUGGAACAUUGCAGCAUGGCGACUGUUAUUGGAUUAUGUUUACGUGUGAAACUUAUGCGAUGUUUGCCUUCACGUUACAAGGUGGAUAUUAGAGUAGCACCUGGGACUCAUGCUACGGAAGCUGCAGUAAAUAAGCAGUUGAAUGAUAAAGAACGAGUCGCUGCAGCAUUAGAAAACCCUAACCUUGUCGACAUGGUAGACGAAUGCCUUGCUCCAUCUCUUGAAUGAGGAAGUAACUUCUUGUUCAGUAUUAUGCAGAUACAACUUGAAAAACUUUCAUCAAAAAGUCCUAUGUUAUAUUAUUUUGUUGUGGUUGUUUUUUUAACAGCUUUUCAUUGGUUUUAUUCAAUUCAUUAUGUUAAUAAUGUUGUUUUAGUGAAACUAUGAAAUCACAAUGUAGUUGGUUGGCAUGAAAUAGGUUACAUCUUUUUUGUGAAGAUCAGAUAUAUGCAAUAUUUAUAUCAUCA